GUGAGUUUUGCCGGAGAUUUAAUAAAUUAAAAGAACAUCCAACAUGGCGUCAGUGGAAGAAGACUUCCCUCGAGGAGGGAAGGCAACGAAGCCCAUCGACAGCAAAAUAGUGGUGCAUCGGACAGAAGUGGACAACUUAUUCCAGCAGUCAAACGAAAAAGCCGAGACCAAGAAAAGAAAAGGGGUGAGCAAAGAUGCCAACAAGAAUCUCAAGAAGUUGAAGACGGGUAAAGGAGACGGUCUGACGCUGAAUGCACCGGCCAAAUGUGUGGAAAUCCUCCACAUUAAGAAUUUGAAGGAGGGCAUCCUGAUGCUUGGCUGUGUGAAGGAUGUAACUGACUUUGAGGUGACAGUCGGCCUGCCCUGUGGCAUGCAAGGCUUCCUCAGCAUCAUGCACAUCUGUGACUCCUACACCAAGCUGCUGAGCGAGCAGCUGGAGUCAGCUGAUGCAGAGGAGUUCUGCUCACUACAAGAUCUCUUCUUCCCUGGCAUGGUGUUGCGGUGUGUGAUUGCCACGUUGAAUAUCGCCAAAAGUGGCUCCCUUAGCAUCAAGCUGUCAAUCAAUCCAAAGCUGGUCAACAAGGCGAUCGCCUCCGGCUCUAUGAAAGCUGGCAUGGUCUUGAGUGGGUGUGUGGAGAGUGUGGAGGAUCAUGGCUACAUAGUUGACAUUGGCCUCAGUGGAACCAAAGCCUUCCUGCCAAAGAAAGCAGUGAAAGACCAACACAACAACGCAGACGCGCUGAAAGUGGGUCAGUAUUUGAUUUCUAAAGUGGAAGACGUAAAGAACGAAGGGCGUCUGGCCCGCCUUUCUGUCAGCACGCCCGCCCAGGCCUGUGCUGAAUCGGAGCAGGGCUGGAACCUCACCAACCUGAUGCCUGGCCUUCUCGUCAAAGCUACCAUCAAAAAGGUGACCAAACAUGGUCUGAUCCUGGACUUCCUGUCCUCCUUCACUGGCCAGGUGGACUUUCUCCACAUGGAGCCAGAUCAGACCUCCAACUACACUGAGGGAUCUCAGGUGCGAGCCUGUGUGCUGUACGUGGACCCGUCCACCCGUCUGGUGGGCCUCAGCCUGCGCAGCUUCCUCGUUCACCCCGGGACGACGAUUGACCACACUCCUGCUGGAGGCGAACGCAUCGGAGAGGUGGUGAAGGACUGCAAGAUAACCGCCAUGCACAACAGGUCUGGAGGCAUGGUGGAGAUGCCGGACGCAACGGUGGCCUUUGUACAUAGGAACCACCUGAAGGAGUCCAAUACGCUACCGAAUGAGAACAGAAUACUGGCGAUGAGUGAGCACACUGUCAGGAUCCUGGACUUCAGCGCCAUGGAGCAAAUGCAUUUCGUUAGUCUGCGGAAGAGUGUGAUUGGCAGGCGUUUUUUCAGAUAUCACGAUCUUGAGGCCGGUCAGGUCGUAGAGGGAACCGUGUCAUUCCUGAUUGAUCACGGCAUGAUCGUGCACCUGACUGACCAUAUCAAAGGCAUGGUGCCCCGGACGCACCUGUCUGACAUCCUCCUCAAGAACCCCGAGAAGAAGUACGUGGAGGGCAUGAAGAUCAAGUGUCGGGUGUUGUCAGUAGAUGCACAGAACAAGAAGCUCUACCUGACCAGGAAGAAGGCUCUGCUUGAAAGCACCUUGCCAUUGUUCCUCAGCUUUAACGACGCCCGUCCUGGCCGCGUGUCCCACGGCUUCAUCGUCUGCAUCAAAGACUUUGGCUGCAUUGUGCGUUUCUACAACAACGUCAAAGGUUUGGUGCCCACCAACCAGCUCAGCUCUGAGCCAAUCAUCAACCCCGAGGAGAUCUUCUACGUGGGCCAGGUGGUGAAGGCUAAAGUUCUUCAGUCUGACCCAGACAACGCGAAGCUGGUGCUGUCAUUUAAGGCCGUGGUGGAGGGAGACACACAAGAAGCUGCCGUCGCCCAGUUGGACUGUGAGGUGGGAUCGCGGCUGGAUGCUAAAGUGCUGAAAAAGUCCAUCAACGGUCUGGAGGUGGCCAUCCUCCCCGAUGAGGUCUUUGCCAUACUACCCACAAUGCACCUUUCUGACCACCUGUCCAACUGCCCUCUGCUGUGGGAGAGUUUGCAGGAGGGAGACAACAUCUCAAACCUCGUCUGCUACGGCAAGAACAAACGGAGCAUCAACAUCACCAAGAAACCAACGGUGAGAUGGUCGCUGGAGGAGGGAGUGGUUGCCAAGGACUUCUCUGAAGUCACGGUUGGAAUGCAGCUGAUUGGCUGGAUCAAGAACAUCAUGCCGUAUGGCGUGUUUGUGGAGUUUCCAUACGGCCUCGUUGGUCUUGCCCCCACGGCUGCCAUGACGGACAAGUUCCUCAUCGAUCCAAAAUGCGCCUUCCAGCUGGGCCAGACGGUGUUCGCCAAAGUGAGCAACCUGGACGUGGAGAAACGGCGUUUCCUGCUCACGCUGAAGAUCUCCGAGGUCAUAUCUCCAGAGGGCGACGCCCAGACGAGGCUCAUUAAUGGCCUGAAGGAACGAAAAGCUGUGAAUGAAAUGUUAGCUACAAGAGAGAACAGCGAUCCUCGCCAGCAGCUCGCCGCUCUGACCGUCGGUCAGAAGCUGAAGUUGACCGUAGACGCUGUGAACGACAGCGGCGCCACCUUCAAGUCUGACGAUUUGGCCGGUGCCACCAUUAUGGGAAACAAGCACCAUGCCACGGGCGUUAAUAUGACCCCGGGUCAGAAGGUUACGGCCGUCGUCCUCCACGUCGACGUCCUGUCCGCCUGUGUCCACGUGUCCAUCCGACCCAAGCUGGUGGCCAAGAAGAAAUCCCUGGCCGAAGGAUCAAAGCACACGGCGACCAUGCAGCACAUCGACAAAGACUUCUCCGUCAUCUCUCUGGGCGACACGGCGCAGCUCACCGUGAUCCAGACCACCGGCCACCUCAACGAGACGUCGCUGUCCGAGUCCGACCGGCUGAAGGCGGGGAUGAUUUUGGCCGUGGAGGUCAUCGAGCCCAGCUGCCAGGAGCUGCAGGGGCUCGCCCUCGUGUCGUGGAAGCGCACGACGCGCCCGACCUCGGAAAACCAGAAGGGUCACCGCUUUGGGGAUACGGUGCGCGGUGUCGUGCGGUCGGUGAAGCCCACCUCCAUCCAGGUCACUCUGGAGGACGGCGCCACGGGCAACGUGCACGUUUCUGAGCUGCUGGAGCUUGCCGACGUGCGUCAGGGCUCCUUCCCCACGUCCACGGUCAAAAAGGGCAGCGCGGUCACCGCCAGGGUCAUCGGAGGGCGCGAGGCCUCCGGCCGCAGAUACUUGCCCUUCUCCCAUGCCAGAUUUACAUACACCAUCCCUGAGCUCACACUCAUACCGAGCAAAUUGGAUCAGAGUCCAGAUUUAGUUCCACCAGUUCCAGCAAAAGAGAAACUAGAAGCCUAUACGGUCGGGGAAGAAAUUACAUGCUUUGUAUCAAAGUUUAUUCCGAAGAAGAAGACUUUGAACGUCACCAUCGACCCGGCUGUCACCGGGACAGUCGAGCUGCUGGACAUGAUCACCGAUCUAAAAAACGCAAGCCACCCGGAGAGGCUGUUCAAGCUCGGCCAAGUGGUCGUCGCCAAAGUGAUCGAAGUGAAGUCCAAACCUCAACGUCUCAUGCUGUCGCUCACAGGUGAUCACAAGCUGGAGAACGGCGGCGUGACUUUGGGGACGGUGGCUAAAAUUCUCCUUCCAUACGGCCUCCUGGUCAAACUUCCCUAUGGCAACAUGGGAACAGUCGCCAUCACCGAGCUGGCGGACGCCUACAAGCCGAGCCCACUGGCCGCGUACAGCAAGUAUCAGCUGUUGAGAUGUUUCAUCCUUGGCAAUAACGAUGGCAAAUGGCAGUUGUCUCUGCGUCCAUCGAGGCUGAACCCCCAGCAGUCCAAGCCAGCGAAGGACCCAGAAGUUAUGUCUAUAGACGACCUGAAGGCCGGCCAGCUCAUCAGAGGCUACAUCAAGUCUGUGGGGGAGUACGGGAUCUUCAUCCGGUUGUCAUCGAGCAUCACGGCAAGAGCUCAACUCCAGCUCUCCUCCAAGUACUUUGUCAAGAACCACGCGAUCUUCUCGGAGCACCUGACUCGCAAUACGCUGCUCACGGCCAAGAUCCACAGUAUUGACGAAAAGGAGAAGCUGGUCCACCUCUCUCUGCUCCCGCAGGACACCGGGAAGCCAGACGUCCUCCCUGAGUCUCUCGGUCUGCCGCUGUGUUUCACCGGCGAGGAGAAGAAGGAAUACGACUCCAAGAAGAAGAAGAAGCGAGCGGCGUCCGAGAGUGAGCAGUCCCAGGUUUCAAAAAAGAAGAAGACAACAAAGAAAGCAAAGACCGAUGACGCAGACAGCGGAGUGGAAGUGUACUUAAGAGAGCAGGAGGAGAAGAAGGAUAAAGAAGAACCCAAAUCUGGUUCUUUAAAACGGGCGGCUCCCAGCUCAUCGGGUCCAUCCAGGCUGCAGGUGGCUUCAGGUUUCUCUUGGGACGUGCAACUGAGCUCCCUGAAGCCGGCCUCUGCGGCGCAGGAUGCCGACUCCAGUGACGAAGAGGACCAAGACGGGAGCAGCCAGCCCCAGAAGAGGUCUCGUCACGAGCUCCAGCAGGAGCAGAAGGCGGUGGAGAAGGCCCUGGUGCAGCGGGAGACGGAGCUCAUGGAUCCGAGCCUGCGGCCCCAAGAUGGCGGCGCCUUCGAGCGCCUGCUCCUCGCCUCCCCCGACAGCUCCCUGCUCUGGCUCCAGUACAUGGCUCACCAUCUGCAGGCCACCCAGAUCGAGCAGGCCCGCGCCGUGGCCGAGCGGGCCCUGAAAACCAUCUCCUUUAGAAAAUUGGAUCAGAGUCAAGAUUUAGUUCCACCAGUUCCAGCAAAAGAGAAACUAGAAGCCUAUACGGUCGGGGAAGAAAUUACAUGCUUUGUAUCAAAGUUUAUUCCGAAGAAGAAGACUUUGAAUGUCACCAUCGGCCCGGCUGUCACCGGGACAGUCGAGCUGCUGGACAUGAUCACCGAUCUAAAAAACGCAAGCCACCCGGAGAGGCUGUUCGAGCUCGGCCAAGUGGUCGUCGCCAAAGUGAUCGAAGUGAAGUCCAAACCUCAACGUCUCAUGCUGUCGCUCACAGGUGCUCACAAGCUGGAGAAAGGCGGCGUGACUUUGGGGACGGUGGCUAAAAUUCUCCCUCCAUACGGCCUCCUGGUCAAACUUCCCUCUGGCAACAUGGGAACAGUCGCCAUCACCGAGCUGGCGGACGCCUACAAGCCGAGCCCACUGGCCGCGUACAGCAAGGAUCAGCUGUUGAGGUGUUUCAUCCUUGGCAAUGACGAUGGCAAGUGGCAGUUGUCUCUGCGGCCAUCGAGGCUGAACCCCCAGCAGUCCAAGCCAGCGAAGGACCCAGAAGUUAUGUCUAUAGACGACCUGAAGGCCGGCCAGCUCAUCAGAGGCUACAUCAAGUCUGCGGGGAAGCACGGGAUCUUCAUCCGGUUGUCAUCGAGCAUCACGGGAAGAGCUCAACUCCAGCUCUCCUCCAAGUACUUUGUCAAGAACCACGCGAUCUUCUCGGAGCACCUGACUCGCAAUACGCUGCUCACGGCCAAGAUCCACAGUAUUGACGAAAAGGAGAAGCUGGUCCACCUCUCUCUGCUCCCGCAGGACACCGGGAAGCCAGACGUCCUCCCGGAGUCUCUCGGUCUGCCGCUGUGUUUCACCGGCGAGGAGAAGAAGGAAUACGACUCCAAGAAGAAGAAGAAGCGUGCGGCGUCCGAGAGUGAGCAGUCCCAGGUUUCAAAAAAGAAGAAGACAACAAAGAAAGCAAAGACCGAUGACGCAGACAGCGGAGUGGAAGUGUACUUAAGAGAGCAGGAGGAGAAGAAGGAUAAAGAAGAACCCAAAUCUGGUUCUUUAAAACGGGCGGCUCCCAGCUCAUCGGGUCCAUCCAGGCUGCAGGUGGCUUCAGGUUUCUCUUGGGACGUGCAACUGAGCUCCCUGAAGCCGGCCUCUGCGGCGCAGGAUGCCGACUCCAGUGACGAAGAGGACCAAGACGGGAGCAGCCAGCCCCAGAAGAGGUCUCGUCACGAGCUCCAGCAGGAGCAGAAGGCGGCGGAGAAGGCCCUGGUGCAGCGGGAGACGGAGCUCAUGGAUCCGAGCCUGCGGCCCCAAGAUGGCGGCGCCUUCGAGCGCCUGCUCCUCGCCUCCCCCGACAGCUCCCUGCUCUGGCUCCAGUACAUGGCUCACCAUCUGCAGGCCACCCAGAUCGAGCAGGCCCGCGCCGUGGCCGAGCGGGCCCUGAAAACCAUCUCCUUUAGGGAGGAGCAGGAGAAGCUGAACGUGUGGGUGGCCCUGCUUAACCUGGAGAACAUGUACGGCACCGAGGAGAGCCUGAAGAAAGUGUUUGAGCGAGCGCUGCAGUUCUGCGAGCCCGUGCUCGUGUACCAGCAGCUGGCGGACAUCUACGCAAAGUCCGACAAGGCCAAGGAGGCGGAGGGCCUGUACAAGACCAUGGUGAAGCGGUUCCGUCAGAAGAAGGCCGUGUGGCUGAGCUACGGGACCUUCCUGCUGCAGCAGGGCCAGAGUGACGACGCCAGCGUUCUCCUGCAGAGGGCGCUGACGAGUCUGCCCUCCAAAGAAAGCGUGGACGUGAUCGCCAAGUUCGCUCAGCUGGAGUUCCGUUAUGGCGACUCGGAGAAAGGUCGCACCAUGUUUGACAAAGUCCUGACGAGCUACCCCAAACGCACGGACCUGUGGUCCGUCUUCAUCGACCUCAUGGUCAAACGUGGGUCGCAGAAGGAAGUCAGGGCGCUGUUUGAUCGGGUGAUCCACCUGAGCGUUUCAGUGAAGAAGAUCAAGUUCUUCUUCAAGCGCUCUUUGGAGUACGAGAAGAAGCACGGCACGCCAGAGAGCAUCCAGGCCGUCAAGGAGAAGGCCAUGGAGUUUGUGGAAGCUAAAGGCACAGAGGCCGCCAACUAACCACCGAAUGCACACAAUAAUACACACCACGCUGUGUGUGUGUGUGGACUGCGGUUUGCCGAGGUCUGAGCCUCACACCUGUUCACAAAUGAGCUUGUGGCUCCAGGUGCUCAUACAGGCUCCUCCUCAAAAUAAUCAACUUCCUAGCUUGUACUUAAGCUUUUAUGUUUUUUUUUAAAUUGUUAUGGACCGAAGUCAAACAUUUGUUUAGAGGGGUUGGGACAAACAUCUGUAAAUGUUCAAAGAAAACUGGUAUUUGACAUUUCCUUCUAGUGAAUGUUGCACGAGAGAGCGCUAUAAAGAGAAUAACUUGUGUCAUAACUAUGAAUUUACUGCAUUGUCAUUCAAAACACUUGUGGGAAUAUUUUCUAUUAAUCCGGCUAUCGCCGUUCAAUAAAUCCAACGCCAUUACAAUACA